AUGACGUCACUAGCAGCACCCGUUGUGCUCGUGGCUGGAGCCGCUUUUGCCAUGACCGUACCGGUCAUUGCACUCAAGGAGCUCCUCGUGAAGAGGUCGAGAACAAAUUUCAAGAAGCACCUCGGCAGACGUCAUGUUUGCAGAGUGCACUUCGGUGAAUCGGAUGCUCCAGUCAGUGGAAUAUUGUUGAAGGAGACUGGAACAGUUCGAGCGGCUCCGGGAAGUUUAUGCAAACAUACACCACUACCGACUUAUGAAGAGCUAUUCCGUCCACCACCACCAUAUCGCACAAAAUGA